AUGGCUGAAAACAACAACGAUCUCAGUUCUUCCUUCAUGGAUAAUUUCUCCUGCAAAAUAUGCUUAGAGGUUUUGCAUGACCCAGUUCAAUGUCAAAACAACGAGCAUUAUUUUUGUCGGAAGUGUGUCACGAAGCAUCUGGGAAACUCCGAAACAUGUCCACUUUGUAUGGAGCAACUGACGCUUGAAACGCUGCGACCACCGUCUCGUAUUAUUCUCGGUAUCGUUGCCCAGUUGAAGAAACCACGUUGCAGUCAUGUUUCUCGAGGUUGUGAGGAGAAUGUUCAAGUUGAAGAGUUGUUGUUACAUGAACAGACGUGUGGUCAUGCUCCGGUUGUUUGCUCGAACGAAGGCUGCAAAGAGACGGUGAACAGACGUGAUAAAGAAAGCCACGAGACGCAAAAGUGCAAGUUUAGAAAGAUAACCUGCGAAUCGUGUGAUGAAGAGUUGGUGUAUGUUGAUUAUGAAAAACACCAGUGUACGUUACGAAAAGAGAUCAACGAAGUUAAGUCACGUUUGGAUGAAGUAACCAAAUCGUUGAAAAAACUUGUUCUCACUCAAGGUGAAACGACGAAAAAGCUGAAAACCCACGACCAAAGCAUUAAAGACCUACAGAAUCCUCUACGUCAUUUCAGCUCUGCGACCAUUCAGUUCGGUAGUCGAGUCAUCAAGGGGCAAAUCUUAAUUUUCCAUGACCAAUCUCUUGAAGUUUUCAACUGGUCUACUAAAGCGUGGACUUUGAUUGAAGACUGUUUGUUUUUCUCGCUGUAUAGCAAAUCAUUUUCGUUUCUUUACGGGAAGAGAAUAAUGGUUUGCGGUGGUGAUUCAAAUCGAAUCGAGUUCUUGGAUCCAAGUGAGAAUGGUUUUACCUCGAAUGUUUUUCCAGGUAGUUUACCAGAUGGCGAUCGUAAUGGCGUUCUGUUUGAAAAUCGAAUUAUUACCUUCGGUCGUCAAGUGCAAGAAACAUCGCUCGAGCGCCCGUGGAAAUCAACUGUACUUAUUGAAAAGCUCAAUGAUGGGAUUUAUGGCGACAGAAACCGCGAUCGUAGUAAAUGUGCUCUGGAAUGUUUCGGUAACGAAAUCUUUGUCAUUGGGUUUUCAGGAAAUCAAAUAGAGCGAUAUGAUAUAGCCAGUAACGAGAUGACAACUCUCACUACUUUGCCCUAUACAGUCUAUAACAUGGCGACUGUCGCUUACAAAGAUAAUAUAAUUAUCCUUGGUGGUCAGAAUAACAGUGAUUCCGACUGGGAUCCGUUGAAUGAUGUAUUGAUGUACAACAUCCACAGUCUGGAGUGCAAACGUUUACCCUCCAUGCUUGAGAAGAGAAGCAACUGUACCGCUGUGAUCAUGGGUGAUGUUAUCGUGGUUAUGGGAGGUGAGAUUACGACUGAAUAUCACGAUGCCAGGUAUCGUAGAUAUUCCUCCAUCACACAACUUAAAACAGUAGAGUACUACGUGAUUGGUGAUACUACUUGGCGAAAACUGCCAGCCAUGAAUGGCACAAGAGCACGUGCUACACCAUGUGUUUACGUAUAA